AUGAAGAAGAAGCAAAGAGAGGUAAAAGAUGAGCAUGAGCUUGAGAUUAUCAAGGCUGUGGCACAAGCAUGGUAUGGACACUCAACAAGUCCUAGUACUUCUAGUUCGACAAGUGAAUUCGAUGCACCCCGGAUGAAUUUUAAGAGCAAGCCGUCUCGAUUUAAGCUCGAAGCUUACAAUAAUAAGUCCUUGGCGAUGAAGCAUACUAAUGGUGGCAGUUGGGACUUUGGGCAGUCACUGUGGGACUCUUAUGAGAUUGUUAGCGUGUCCAAGAAACUAGAUGCUGCUCUGGUGCUUGACCAUCGUUGUUUCGACUUGGAUAAGGCUGGUGAAGGGGAGAAGAAGAGGAAGCCUAAAGAAAACUCGAAUAGUUUAGCAAGUCUGUUAGGGAGAGUGUCAUCCAGAAGAUUCAGGGGAGAAUGA